ACGCGGGCCGAGCAGGGGACGCCCUGAACACCCUCGGGAGCCGUAGGGGAGCCCCGGGCGCGGCGCACGUGUAAUGGGGCUGAGCAGAGCCCUGGGAGGUGGAAACUGUUCCACGGCGAGGGCGGGGGCCGGGCGGAAGGAAGUGCCAGCCCGUCUUUAUCUUUCAGGGUUACCUUUCCACAGUGUCCUUCGGGCCUCGUUUUCCCUUCCUCCUCCCCUCCCAGUUAGUACUGGAACGGGUUAGCACCAUGUGACGAGCUCAGUGAGCUGCUUAGGCAGUGCUGAGGCUUCCUUUGUGACUCCCCCGAAGGUGGGGUGCUCAGACACCCCGGGCUCCCAGGAGAACACCCAGGAACCGCUGGGUGAGGUCGCUUCCCACCUGCUGCUUUUCUCAGGUGGUGGAAAGGGGAACCCUUUUCUCUGGACGCCGCCUUGGCAGCCCUCCUGGGUCAUCCCUGCGGGCAAUGAGCAGCGGGUUACCCCAGCUCACCCGGGUGCACCUGUUCUGGGGGUCACAGCUUCUCUCUCUGUCCCUACUGUCCGUGUAAUCUCUGAGAACGGGAAGAUUGCUGUCUUAGAGCGCGGCCUGCAGCCUGGGUGGAUUUAAAGAUAGAUUUAGAUGUGUGCACCCUUAGGAAAGUUAUUUAUGUUUAUUCACAUUUUUAUUUACUGUCUCUUUUUUUGCUUCUGGAAGAAUCAUAUUUAUCUUUUUGAAGAAUGAGUGGGAAAUGGGACUAGAUUUGAAAGACUUAGUGAGUUAAUAGGAGAUAAGAAAACUUUAAUUGUGUUACUCAGAAGUUUAAUUUGCAAGUAAUACGAGACGGAGGCCUAUUAAUGUUUCUUUGUGCCUGAUGAGAUUACUUCUCUUUCCUAAUGAAUUAUACAGACAUUUAAUAAUCCUGUUGAUGUUGCUGGUUUUGAAUGUCAGUGGGACCAAAAAGAAUCACUUUUUAUAAGCCUCAGACUUUUAUUGCUAAGAUCUGACGUUUGAUUUUUUUUUUCUGUGCUGGGUUGUUGACCCCAGGGCCUCAUGCAUGCUCAUCAAGUGUGCUCUGCCACUGAGGGCCAACCCCAGCCCCCCCCCCCGAUUUUUAGUUUUGGUUUUUUUGAGACCAGGUGCAUGCCCCCCCCCACACACACACAGUGUCGUCAUUGACCACCUGCUGUUGUCACAGCAAUCCUGCCUCCUGCGUGCUGGCAUUACAGGCAUGUGCCGCCAUGCCUGGCGUAAUAUUUUAGUUUCUAAGGCAAGAUUACAAGUGUUCUUCUAGGGAACCGCCUGCCUUACAGGUGUCUGGGCAUCUGCAGGAUUCCAGUUUUGAAACAGCUGGUGUGGAAGGUGGCACUAAGGAAGGGUCGGGCAGGUGUGCCAGGCCUUGGCUGGCUGCUGUGGGCAGAGGCAGGACUGAAGCGCGUGGCAUGGGACUCAAGUCAUUUUCUACGGCGGCAGUGAUAGAGGACAUGACAGCCACAGCCUGUGGGAGACUGGUCCAGCCUUGGUGGGAGGCAGUGAAGCAGAGUCAUCUCCCGCCACCGACUGAAGUCACUGCCAGCGGCUCCUAGCAGCUCAGCACCAGCCUCCCUGCCCACAGGCCACAGGGUGUCUUCUGGUUCCCGCUUUGUAUCGUUUUUUUGGUGCAGCUGCAGUAUAGCAGAGGCCUGAGGCGGGUACAGGGCUCCCCUGGCUCACCUCAGAGGGAGAACGCGCUCAGGCAGAGCCGCCAGGGGCUGCCGGUCACGAAUCCAGAAGGGAACCCUGGUGACCCAGACAGCCUCUGCACUGCCCUUUCACGGUGGCCCCCUGCUCUGCACAGGUGACCCUGAAGACGGGGGAUGGCAUCAGCUGGCCGUGCAGUUGGGAAAGUGGGGAUCUCGGUCAGAGGGGCCAAUCUGGGUCACGCUUCCUGGCCCUGGCUUUGUGGUGCUUCCCGGGUGAGGGCUGUGUGGGUGGCCUGCCUGCUGCUCCUGGCAGGUUCCCGCCUUUGGAGUGAGCGGGCAGCACUGUACUGCCCUGCACGGUGCCUGCCGCCCUGAGAACAACACAGCUUUCCGGCUCUCCAUCCCUGCCUGUGCAAGCUGGUGUGGAGCGGGCCGCUUUGGGGUGGGACCUGAGCUCUGCAAGCCCAGCUGUGCAGGGCAGCUUCUCCGCAGGAGCUGGGUGACAGCCAUGCAGGCCAGCGCCUCUGGUCACCUGGCACCGAGUUGCGUGGGCUCGGGAAGGGGCAGGAUGGGCUGCCUGCAGCCUGUCUGUUGGUGCCCGGUCCCACAGGCUGGAACAGUGUGCAUACCUGUGUCAUGGUUGUGUCUGAACCUUUUUUAAAAAGUGUCACCAAUACUGUAAGGCAAGUGAGAUGAGAAAACCGACAGACACCGAGGAAAGAAGGUGGAGCUCGGAAAGCGCGCUGUUACUUGAACCUGGCCCCAAGUGCACUCCUAGAACAGCCACCCCAGGGCCUGCCCAGUCUCCUGGAAGUCCGUUCAUUGCUGACCGAGGCCCCAGGGCCGUCCUAGCUCCUGCCCGGGAAGCCUCUGUGCUCCCCACCUCACCCUGGAGGUGUGUUUGUGGCUUGGCACAGGUGUCCUGAAGCAUGCGCCUCGAGUGAGGGUGGUGGCCGUCCUUACCCUGAGCUCCAGCGAGUGGAGCGGCUCCACAUGAUGGCCUGUCACUCGGGGUAGGGGCUCUGCUGCCAUCACUGGCCCGGCCCUGGCUGUAGUCCCAGGUGGAGCUCUUCCCUGGCACAGGGUGGGGCUGCGAUGGGGAGGGGGUCCUGAGGCCCUUCCCAAACACUGCAAGUGACAGUAACAAUGACAGGGCCUCUUCCCUGAAUGACCAAAUAGCUGUGGAUGCUGCAGUUUUUAGGGUUCUGCUUACAUCAGGGAGCCAGCCAUGAGAAAAACCAACGGGAAGCAGUCCUGGUGUAAACUCGGACUCCGGCUCGGUGUGGGGCUGGUGCCUGCAGAGUUUGCCCUUCAAAAGGGAGUAUUUUUGUUACUCUAUUUAAAUUUAAGCAUAAUAGGUAUAAGUGUUUGUUAUGCAGCAGAUACCCUUUCACUGUAUUUUCGUGGUGGGACCUAUCUGUUCCUCCUCCCUAAGCUGACCUGCCCAUAUGUAUAUGUGUUUGUUCCUAAAGCCAGGCGUGAAACUACUGGUUUGCUCCCAAGCUUUGCUUUUCAGUAUUGAGUGUUUAUUAAACACUCGGCCUGUGGGAUGGUUUGUGAUUUAGGAAGCACCCACGCACGAGCUGGUGCCCUUGCUGCACCUCACAGAUCCCAGGUGGGUGGCGGGGAGAAGGGACAGGCCUGCAGGGAGGGUGAGGACACCGGUGGAGCUCAGCUGUCAGACCUCCUUCCUGGUUUGCCUUGCAGUGAGCCCGGUGCAGAAGCUGGGCGCCUGGCGAGUCCUUCCCUGGCUGGGCCUUGGGGUGACCCUGUUGGGUAGAGAGCAGCAGGGGCUGUGAGAGGGAGCCUAAGAAUGCUUGGAGUGCGCCGAUGGGAUAGAGCUGUGCUGAAAAAUAACACAGGAGGGGCAGUGGCUGCCAGGCCUGGGCAAGAAGGGACAGGGCUGCUGUAGGGGCUGGGCUGAGGAAGUGGACGGCAGCUUGCAGUCCUGUUCAUGGCGUAACGUCACACCGUGUUCUGCCUUGGCGUCUUCUAAAGUUGUAUUUAAGUAAUAAGUGGACCUUAGGUUAGAAAAUCACUUUUAAUGAUUUAAAGAUUCACAAAUCUAGCAAUCUCACUUUUAAGUGAUUUGGGAGACCCAUUAAACUCGAGAUGUUUUACUUGGCAGCAGUACUGUAGUCUCAUGGCGGAAAGGUGGCUUUUCAGGGGUAGGACGUGAGGCAGGAGUCCGAGGGUGAGCUCUGUCUGUGUCCCCGAGUUUCCAGGACUGGGAUCCAGUGGAGCACAAACUCUGGCUGUAGGGCGUGGUCCAGUGCUGUGUGAGUCAGUGGGCUGUUAAUGCCCCACAAGCCCUGCAGGUGCUCUUAGUGAUCCUUCUGGGGGAGCUGGGAGAAUCAGUGUGUUUUCCAAAACAGUUUGAAAUUGUUAGAUGAAAGGCUCACAGGGAGCAAAAUGUAUUGGCCCUCCUCCUCCUGGAGUCAGGAGGCAAGGGCGUGGCGGCCCCUGCGGUCUGGAGCUCUUUUAUUGAUGGCUUUUAUUAUUAUUGUAUUUAAAAUGAAUAUCCUGAGCUCCUGAGAUUGUGGCCCACUGGAAAAUGAGACCUUUGGUUUAGAGUUUGGAAUUCUUCCUCUGUUUUCACCACAGAUUUAAAACAGGUUUUUUUUGUUUUUUUUUUUUUUUUUUUUAUUGUUGCUUUUGGUAGCAGGGAUCAAAUUUAUGUGCUUGCCAGGCAGGUGCUGUGCCCCUGAGCUAUAUUCCUGACCCUUAAAACAGGUUUAAAUGUCAGUUUGAAACAGGCCGGACUGGGGGAGAACGUGGCCUUUUCAUGAUCCCGGGUCUCAGCUUUGUGCGUGUGGUAUCUCAGAGGGGUUGCAGUUAACUUUACUUUCAGGAUCUGUGACUUCUGUGAAAUUAAUCUUUGCUAACAUCUUGCAGUAAGUACUGGAUCCAAGUCAUAAAUGUAGAUUUAUGGGGUCAUCGCAUACUGCAGUGCAUCAGUGUCAUAAGUAAGUAUGUUUCGGGGGCUGUGUUUGAAGAUUUAAAACCAAGUUUUUGCCUUUGAGACUCUCCCAGUCUGUAAUGAGCAAGAUGCUACAGGGUGUGCCCACACAGGUGACCGUAAUGUGCUGCGGGUUGACGAAAAGUGGGUUUUGUUUCUUACUUAUUUUCUUUAGAGACAGGGUCUAGCUGUAGUAGUUUAGGCUGUCUUUGAACUUGUAGCCCAGGCUGGCUUUGAACUCACAGAAGUCCUUCUGCCUCAGCCUCCUGAGUGCUGGGAUGACAGAUGUGGGCCACAACACACACGGCACACCUACUUUAAAAACCAACUGUGGUUAUAUUGUGACAUAGGGUUUUGGAGGAACAAAUGCGAGGUUUUGCUUUAUGUGCAUUUGCAAGAGAUUUUCUGUCAACGUCAAAGAAAAAUGACCCAGUGUAGAUGCACCAGUCAGGGAAGAGGCUGUCACCACUCCCUGCCACACCACAUACGGGUGCAGUGUGUCCUGCGUGCUUUUCUUCCGGAGGGACACCUGCUGCAGCCAUGAAAGCUUUGCUCUGGUCUGCUGCAAGCCAUGGUUGCUUGCCUCUGCUGAGGGCCUGCAGAGGUUUUGUCCCAAUAUCUGCGCAGAGGGCCACCUCUCCUUGCAAGAACACUGGGUGCGGCGGAACCCGGCUUUUGAAAACAAAACAAGCGGCGGGUGGGGGGCGGGGUGGUGCAUACCUGUAAUCCUAGCGCUUUGGGAGGCUGAGGCAGGAGAGCCACUAGCUCGAGCCUGGCCUGGUCUAUUUGGCACCUUAGAUCUUUCUCAAAAUAAAAAACAGCGGGAGUCAAAUGAAACUACUCUUCCUUUUAAAAACGAAAAGAGAGGCUGAGCAUUUUAGCUCAGCGGCAUAAGCACCUGCCUGACAAGCACAAGUCGUGAGAUCAAUCCCAAGUACCAAAAAAAAAAAAAAAAAAAAAAUCUAAAAAACAAAAAGAGAAAUGGCCUUGGGACAGAGGGGGUUCAGUGUAAAGGACGAGGGCUCCAUGCUCAAUACCAACCAAACACCUCCUCGUAAUGAGGCGAGAGCUGACGGGAGGAAUGUUUCAAGGCGCAGGACUCUCGAGACUGCCACAGGUUGUGUAGAUGUGUUUCUUUAAAGUAGAAAUCCCAGCUGUCCCUUUUUAAAAAUUUUUAAAAAAUUUUUAUUUAAAAGAAAAAAGAGAAAAAAACAAAACAAAAGAAAGCAGUGUAAGGGUACAAUUAAUACAGAACUACAAAAAAAAAAAAAAGAAAUCACCAGUUAAUAGAUUACAAUUAUCAUCCUAGAGACAGUUGCUCAAGUCACAGUAUCAAAGCAUACAAAGUGGACACUCAAACAGUGAGACUGCAAACAGUUGUGUUCAAUGAUCCAGCCAAAAACAUUAAUAUGGGCAUCUAUUUAACACCCCUAAACACACUUGCAGUUGUAUUCUUUAGAGCACUUUUUUUUCCUUUUUUACAACAAAAUUUACACAUUUUGGGUUUUAUUACUCCUUAGUUCUUAUUACUUUUUUUUUUGGAAGAGAAUAAAGUCAAAUAUGGCAAAACAAAGCUGUCAGUCAAAACCAAGGAUAGACAUAGCACAUGAUGUAAAAACAGAGUUACAAGGUUAUCGACAAUGGUUACCAUAAUGCCUCUUGCUUCCUUAAAAAGAAUUGUCUAUCUCAUUAGGUAUUAUAAAGUUGAACAAAACAGUAGAGAACAAGACCAAUAAAACCUAAACCUUGUAAACACUACAGGACUUCCAAAGAAGGUAAUAGUCAAACCAGAAUGGGCAUCAUAGUGAAUCUUAUUGCCUUCAAAGUAGUUGCCUAUACCUUCCAAAUUGAUACUACCCUACAGAACGGAACAGAGUCUAAUCAGUCAAAACAAGAUAGUGGGAGUAUUACAGGCCUUCAAAGCAAGUUAAUAGGAAAUCAAAAAAGUUACUAUAAUAUAUCCUGCUAAUUUUUUUGAUUUUCCCCCUUAAUUAAAAAAAUCAUAAAAAAUAACUAAAUAAUUUUUUUAAUGAAUAAGGGAGAGAUUGAGAUAAAAGAGGACAUAACAUCAUAAUAGUACAGGUCAAAGCAUGACAGUUUCAGCAACCUAGUGCUUCACCACUAAAUAACCCUGUUUAAUAAUAGUUACCAUAGUGUCUUUUUCCUUGAAAUAUUUGAAUAUAACUUCAUAUACUAUAGCUUCAAACAUAUCAAGUCAGUGUAAAGCCAUUCAAGUGGAUGAAAGCAUUGUAGGGCUUUUAGAACCAACUAACAAACAAUGAUUUCUAUAUUAUCUCUUUGCCUAUAACAAUUUUUGUUUAUACUAUCACAUAUAAUAAAAUCCAGCAAGAUACAUCAUGAUAAAACCAAUGGAGACAGAAGAGCCGUAGUUUGGUGGGGCUUCAAAAUAAGAUGAUAGUAAAUCAGCACUAGCUAUUAUGAUGACUUACUUUCUUCAAAAUAGCUGAUCAUUUCAUCACAGGCAAUAAUAUCAAGCAGCCCAGAAUAAAGCCUUUCCAAUUAAUAAGUGAAAACUUUAUAAGGCUUCAAGGCCACAUAAUGGGGUUCAUGUGCAGUCACCCCUGUGCGGGCCAAGCUCGCUGGUGCCCGGGCACUGAGCCGCUGGGGGCGGGGCUUGGUCCAGACGGGGCGGGGCGAUGUCCCGGGCCCUCUAGGCUCGCGCUGCCCCCUAGUGCGCAUGCGCUCCGGAAGAAGCCAACGGCACUGAGCUGCCCGCCAUGGAUGAGGCUGAUGACCCAGCCUCCUGCGGGGAGGAAGCUGAGAUGAACAAAGACAGCAGGGACUCCGAGGCCUUCUCGGACGACCUCAGCGCCUUGGGCCUGGCCCUGGCCCUCCUGGAGCCGGCCAACGAGGACGAGUGCCGCCGCAUCCGCCAGCAGUACCGGCAGCUGAUUGACAGCGUGCAGCAGAGGCGCGACUCCAUCGUGAGCACUGCGGGCGAGGCGCUGUCCGAGGCGCUGUGCGAGGCGGACGCGCUGUUCGAGAUCGUGAGCCGCCCGCACGAGGCCGCCCUCGACGCGCAGUUCCUGGUGAUGGCCUCGGACCUGGGCUGCGAGAAGGCACAGCAACUCAACGUCGACCUGAACCUAUUCAACCUGGCCACCUUCUGUGAGCUGCUGCUGGCCUUUGCCGGCCUGAGCUGGCUGGAGGUGGCGCAUGAGCGGAGCCAGGGCGGCGACGGCGUGGGCCCGGCCUUCUGGGUCACCAUGCACCACGAGGCUGCCGCCUGGCUGGCGCGGGCCAACACCUUCCACUUCCUGCUCGGCAGCUUCUGGUCCGACCCCGCGGUGUGCCAACCCCCGGCCAAGCGGCCCCGCCGGUCGCGUGGAGCCCACACCGGUCCCGGGGAGCCCACCAAGCUGGCGUGCAUAGAUCCAGGCAACAUGCAGGAGCCCACGGAGCGCCAGGUGGAGCGCAUCCUGGGGCUGCUGCAGGCCUACUUCCGCCGCUACCCCCACUCGCCCGUGUCCUACUUUGAGUUCGUGGUGGACCCACACUCGUUCGCUCGUACCAUAGAGAAUAUAUUCCACGUGUCCUUCAUCAUUAGGGACGGCUUCGCAAGGAUGCAGCUGGACCAGGACGGGCUGCCCGUUUUGGAACCCGUGGACGCCAGCCAGAUGGGCGAUGCCGCUGACCCUGGCACCUACAACCGGAAGCAGGGGGUGAUAGCCUUGAGUCUGCAGGACUGGGCGGACAUCGUGGCCACCUUCGAGAUCUCUCAGGCCAUGAUCACGAACUCAAGCUAAAGGUUUUCAUAGUGUGGCAGUCUGUUGGUUUUUUUUUUUUUUUUGAAGCGCAUACUGUGUGUCUUGCAAAAAGUAUCUGGGAACAUCUGAAAUUGUUUUCCUUAUUGUAGUGUGUUUUUUUUGGUAAUCUGUACAGUCGUGAUUUGUUAUUAAAAAACACCGCCACCUGCUUAAGGGAAAUUUUUUGAAUGCCUUAUUAAUAAAAAUUAGUUCUGAAUUUCAUUAACUAGAAGAUACUGGAUUGGGCAGGCUGAGGCAGGAGAAUCCAGCCAAGUUCCAGGUCAGUCUGGGCAAUUUAGGAAGAUCAUAUCUCAAAAGUGACAGGGUUGGGGUGCAGCCCAGUGAUAAAGAGGUUCUGGAUUCCACCCCUGGUAUCAUCAUCCCACCAUGGGUGAUUCUGCGUUGCUCGCUGGAUCAAAGUGAACCAGGAGAAGCCCAUAAAAGUCUCCUGACCAGGUUAGGGGAUCAAAGAGCAAAACAGUUAUGGAAAACUUUGUAAGGCAGUUGUUAAUACAUAACAUUAACAAGUCGGAUGGCGCUCUUCACUGUAAAGAGUGGGCACUCAGUCUAAACAGUCUGUGUAAGCGGAUUCAACAAACAGCAUCUGCGUUUGGGUAGUGAGGGUGGUGCGGAGUGCAAGAGGUAGGAAGAGGAGACAGGAGCCAGGUGUGUGCGCAGAGCGGAGGCUCGCGGGAGCCGGCGGGUGUGCAGAGAACGUCUGUCUGGAGGUUAGACUGGACGAGCGUUGCAUGAUCUGGGCUAUUCGGGUCCUUAGAGGUGGGAGAAGUUGUGUCUGUCACUUAGAGACGGGCAGCUGCCGCGGUUCGUUUCUUUUCUGCGCCCUAGUUCUCUCUUAGGCUGUCCUUCAGGAGCAGCGACGUCACAUAACCACCUUUUUUAUUUGCUUUGGGCAAAAUGGCUUUGCUAGAGAAAGCCAGGAUUACGUAGGACUUCAGAGUUGGCACUGGUCCCUUCCCUAGAGGUGUGCCCCAUGGUGGCCAAGCGCCAGUUGUGCUGCACCUACUGCUCAGCCUCGCCCAUCGCCAGCAGGCCAGCCCUCCUCCCACUCUCCUCAUUUGGCCUCCAUGGGAGUCUGACCUCUCACUUUGUCAGCCCUGGCCAGGGAACCGUGGACUUUACCUCCAAGCCUGCGGCCUGUGCUGCCACCCCACCCUCCUCCAGUGGGUGCCCGCCACGAGCACUGCUCCAUGUUCCUGGGCGAUGCCUUCCCGUGAGGCUCCCUGAACCUUGAUCUGGAGGACUGUCUGUGCAAGGCCCCGCCAAAGAGCUGACUGAGCGGUGGACGCAGGCGCUGCUGCGCGGAAGCUGGAGGCGAGAGGGCGGAAGCGGGGGCCGCAGUGCCCACCGCCUGCUGCGGUCACCUCCGCACAGCGGCUUUGAGUAUUCGCACUGCUGCGGGCCUUGCUAGGAGAGGCAGAGUGAGAGGCCUGUCCAGUGACCACAGGUCGGGAUGUGUCUGAUCCGAGAGUGGUGGCGCUCGCUGUGGCUUGGGGACCCUGUUUUCAGCCUGCUUCUCUGCAAGUCAGCCGUGGGGCUGGGCAGCGGGCUUGACGGGCAGUGUCACAGCAGGUCAGUUGCCAGUUAAGUCAGGUAGAAUUGCGUGGAUAGAAAACGGCACCUCGCUAAUAUAAAAAUUUUAGCAGAGAUUUGCCAUGUACUGGCUAUACUGAUACUUCUAAAAUAUAUUGGCAUUUUAACUUUUUCUUCGUGUUUAAUUUUUAAUGUGAACAUUAACACAUAAAAUACAUUAACAAAACAGUUCCUUGUGAGAGGGUCCCGAGACCGGGACUGCACCCGGCUGGCCCGCUACUCCCGCAGCGGAUGGCCGAGGCUGCCUGCCUCUUACCCUGUCCCUGUGGCCGUCUUGUGCCUUUCACCUUCUCUACGUGUCAGGUGGGGUAGCAGGUCGGGUAUCGAUUGCCUGAAUGGGAACGGCAGCCGCUUUGAUUUUAGGUUAGAGUGUAAACACACAGUGUUCGGCUCUGGGGCCAUCUGAAUGUCUCUGAUGACUGCUCUUACCAGCUAGGCCUUAAGUGUUCAGGGUCCCUCAGCUCUUCCUGUGUGAAGCCUGUGUGUUGCUUGUCACAUUUAACUAGGAGAGGCCGGGGGAUUUCAGUAGAGCAGCGCCCUGGAGUGUGGGCAUGCUUUUCUUUGAUUUGCUGUGCUGGUGGCCCGAGGGGAGGGCGUUCUGGGGGUGCCUACUGAUUGUGUUCCUUCUCUGUCUCGCUGAGUUUAGAGAAAAAAUGAGGCUGAGCUUUAAAAAUGGUUAUUUGCGGGGCUGGGGAUAUAGCUCAGCGGCAUAAGCACUUGCCUUGCAAGCAAGUGGUUGUGAGUUCAAUCCCCGGUACCGAUAAAUAGGGAAAAAAAAUGGUUAUUUGCCAAAAACACCGAGUUGGACUUCCUUGUGGACCUGUCCAGCCAGCGAGUCCUCCUUCCUGGCCCUGGCGGGCCCCACGCGGGCCGGGCCGGCACCCUCCACCCUCUGCUCUGAAUGGCUCUUACCACCCGCU